CUCCAGCACAAGCCAAGCGUGUGGGGGCGACGGUAAGGGCAGGAUGCGUCCUGUGGAUCCUAUCUGGAUCGUGUCGUGGAAUCCUCGUCUUUCAUCGACACGAAACUACUUCGAGCGACCUACGACGCGUGUGUCGAGGCGUUGCCCACUGCCGGCAUGAACCCUUCGGCGUUGAUUCAGAUGGUCAACGUGCUGUCUCUCACGCUGGCUCAACUGGCUGGGUCACUGGUCCAGGCCUCGAAGGAUAUUGAUAGUUUGUUAGAGGAAGUCUGGACGGCGUACAACGACAGCAAGGCCAAGCCUGACGCGCUCACUCGAGCUGUCGUGACGUGUAUGUUCCAGCCAGUAUUCCUGCUGCGAGCUGAGCUGACUUCGACGAUGAAGCUCUGGCUGGCAGGGUUUAUCCGCUUUGGCUCGAGACACAGACCCAACGUGGUCUUCCACUUGGCGUGUCGCUUAUGUCAAACGUGGCGUGCACACCCAGUGUCGGCUCUGUCCUUUGUAGACGAGCUGGUGGAGCUGCUGCUGUAUAAGGAACCUUUGAUCGACGAGAAGGAGCAGCUGGCAACGGAUGCGGGUGCUCCAUUCCAAGGAUUCCAAGGCUAUUCUCCUCUCGAUGGCAACCAGACAGCAGCGGUCACGACCCACGCCAAGGACAGAUUUGUGCGGCUUGUCAUGUUGAGCUUCGUGGACGACGUCGCUGUCGACAAGAGCUCGUCCAGUAACGAUACGCAGCAGCUCUUUGAUGCUCUGACAGCUCGACUUCUGAAGCUCAAUGUGACGCCUGAGUGGCAGAAGCAACACAUGCUCAACAGCGAUGGGUUCGGCAAGAAACUGCGCUCCUGGCAGGCUCUCUGCAUCGUCAGUGCACACGUGACCAAGUCGCAGCUGACAGAGUUGCUUCCUACUCUAGCUACUGCAUUUGCUGUGCCUCAACUGCCCAGUGUUCGCUACUACAUGGAGCUGUUCGGUAUGCGGAUGGCUGCCAAGUUCCCAACGGAGAUUUGCUCUGGCGUGUUGCUACCCAUGCUUGGCGAUGCGAAUCUGAUGCCACAAGUGGGCGCUUCACUGUUACUUGUGUCGGCGUAUCUGGUGGACACCAAGCUGGACGACAACAGUCUUGACGUCGACUGUGGAGAACUGCUGGAGACCAUGUUGCCGUGGUUGAAUACGUCUCAUGGCUACACUCGAGUACUGGCUCAGUAUCUUCUGGCCAAGGUGCUUCCUCGCCACAUCCACUACUUGAAACAAAGCUCUAAAGACACUCCAGGUCUUCGCUUUCUGGAGGGCACGGCGCGUUAUCUGAGCAACAACAAGGAGUGCAAGCGAAUGCUACGACGUCAAGCUCGACAACUGGACGAGUUCCACUCGGACUACGAGAGUUCGUUGCUGGGGAUGCUCUCUUCUGGCUUCAUUAGCGAGUUCGGAGAGCUCUUACCUCGUGACGACGCUCUGCGCUUCAGUGAACAGCUCAAGACUGCCAUGAACGAGCUCUACGCGCAGUACCAGCUCGAGAACUUCCCUCCAACUCCUUCAGAGCAGAAGAGCAGCAUGGAGGCGGAUAGCGACAGUGCGCUCCCUGCAGCGAUGCGUGCCGACUUUGACGCAGCACGACGUGGAGCGACGCUAAACGCCCGUCAACGACCUCGACAGCCUCUUAUCAUGUGUGCAAGCUUGGUGGACAAGGUCCCGAAUCUGGCUGGACUGGCAACGGACUUGCGAGAUCUCAACGCUCAAGAAACUGGUCGUGCCGAACCUGCGGAUGACGCAGCAGGACGUCACGUUCGUGAAAUGUCAGCCGCAACGGCUCACAAGUGGAUGCCACUGGAAAGAAGUGCGACCUCAAAGGUGACGAUUUACGACGAGCACUUGUGCGAUGGAAGCGCGAAGGGCUACACGAUUGUGGCAGUGGAGCAAACGGCGUCCAGUGUGAGUCUCGCGAGCUACACGCUGCCCCGUAAGAUGGUGCUGGUGUUGGGGCGAGAGAAGGAAGGGAUCCCGGUCGAAGUGCUGCAGCUUGUCGACGUGUGUGUGGAAAUCCCCCAGUUUGGACUGGUACGCUCACUGAAUGUGCACGUGAGCGGGGCUCUGGUGCUGUGGGAGUACACGCAGCAGCAAUUGAUGUCUGGAGCGCUCGAGUCGACUCUCUAG